AUGGCUAUUGUCAAUGAGACUGGAAAACCGGAUAUUUUUCUAACGAUGACAUGUAAUCCAAAUUGGCCUGAAAUAUCGGAAAAUUUAUUACCAGGUCAGCAAGCUUCAGAUCGACCAGAUUUAGUUGCGAGAGUUUUUGAUUUAAAAAAAGAACGUUUACUUGAUACUGUUAUAAAGAAAAAUUUUUUUGGAAAAGUCGCUUCAUAUGUGUAUGUUAUUGAAUUUCAAAAACGAGGUUUACCACAUAUGCAUUUAUUAAUUACAUUGGAACAAGGGUAUAAAAUUACCACGCCAGAAAUAGUGGACAAAUACAUAUCAGCCGAAAUACCAAUUGAAAUAAGAGAUCCACGUUUAUUUGACAUAGUUAUGAGAAAUAUGAUUCAUGGUCCCUGCGGUGAUUGGUGUAUGAAAGACGGAAAAUGCUCAAAAAAUUUUCCAAAGGAAUUUCAAGAACAGACUACAAUGGAUGAAAAUGGGUUCCCACAUUAUCGUAAAAGUCAUGAUAACGAAAAAAACAUAUGGGUUGUUCCACAUUGUACUACGUUGUUACUAAUGUUCGAUUGCCAUAUUAAUGUGGAGAUUGUCUCAAGUAUUAAUGCAGUCAAAUAUUUGUAUAAAUACAUCUACAAAGGCCACGAUGCUGCAACGGUUGUAAUUGGACAAUCUGAUAAUGGUAACGUUAUUGAACACGAUGAAUGUCGUAAUUUUAUUGAAACACGUUACGUUGGUCCUGUGGAGGCAUGCUACCGCAUUUUCAGUAAAAAACUACAAGAUAAAAGUCAUUCAGUCUCAAGAUUACCAAUACAUCUACCUUGA